GUGUGAGGCUUUUGGGCAUUCAUACAGCGGCGCGGCAGACGAGAGAAUGGAGUACCUUCUCUUGGCGCAAAGAAGUAAUCACGGAAUCAGAUAAAGCCGGUUUAUUUUUUAAUUUUGUUGAAACAACUGUGUUGCUGAAUGAUAAGAGGGGUAACAUGAAGAGGAUGGUUUAGCUUGGUGGAGGGUUUAUGGAGACGACUCUGUUGCUACGUAUGCAGCAGACCCUUGGUGGGACUAACGGCAGCAGGAGAAAGCAGCUUUUCUAUCAUGAAAGAGAGUGAGCCGAGCCUUCUGGAGGGUGCCACAAUUUAGCAAAAGAGAAGGUCUGCCGAAAGACGCUGCAAUAAUACGAGGUGGAAAGGAACAGAGUUGGUUAAGUUUAAGGGGAAUGGCAGGUAGAAGCCGAAGAGCAUGGUUAAGUGUUCUGUUGGGACUGGUCGUCGGGUUCACUCUGGCUUCCAGACUUAUUUUGCCCAGGGCCACGGAGUUGAAGAAAGCUGGUCAGAAACGCAAGGCGAGCACCGGCGGCUGCGGGUUGCAAGGGACUUUGAGAAAAGACGGCGGUGCGCUGGUGUGGCAACCGCAAGAAGACCGAUUGUCGUCAACUGUGAAGCCGGUCCCCAGGUCCAGCAGUUUUCUUUUCGUUGGCGUAAUGACUGCUCAGAAGUAUCUGAACAACCGUGCUGUAGCUGCUCACAGGACUUGGGCUCAGACCAUCCCAGGCAGGGUGGAGUUCUUCUCCAGCGAGGGCUCGGACACCUCCAUCCCCAUCCCCGUAGUGCCCCUGAAGAACGUGGACGACUCGUACCCGCCGCAGAAGAAGUCCUUCAUGAUGCUCAAGUACAUGCACGACCACUACCUGGACCACUACGAGUGGUUCAUGCGGGCCGACGACGACGUCUACAUCAAGAGCGAGCGGCUGGAGGGCUUCCUGCGCAGCCUCAACAGCAGCGAGGCCAUCUUCCUAGGCCAGACGGGCAUGGGCGCCCGCGACGAACUGGGCAAGCUGGCGCUGGAGCCCGGCGAGAACUUCUGCAUGGGGGGCCCCGGGGUGAUCAUGAGCCGGGAGGUGCUGCGGCGGAUGGUGCCGCACAUCCGCCAGUGCCUGCGGGAGAUGUACACCACGCACGAGGACGUGGAGGUGGGCCGCUGCGUGCGCAGGUUCGCCGGUGUGCAGUGCGUCUGGUCCUAUGAGAUGCAGCAGCUGUUCUACGAGAACUAUGAGCCCAACAAGAAGGGGUACAUCCGCGACCUCCACAACAGCAAGAUCCACCGCGCCAUCACCCUGCACCCCAACAAGAACCCGCCCUACCAGUACCGGCUGCACAGCUACAUGCUGAGCCGCAAGAUCGCCGAGCUGCGGCACCGCACCGUGCAGCUGCACCGCGAGAUCGUGCAGGUCAGCCGCUACAGCAGCUCCGAGGUGCGCAAGGAGGACCUGCAGCUGGGCGUGGCGCCCUCCUUCAUGAGGUUCCACCCUCACCAGCGCGACGACGUCCUGGAGUGGGAGUUCCUGACGGGGAAGUACCUCUUCUCCUCGGCCGACGGGCAGCCCCCGCGCCGCACCAUGGACACGUCGCAGAGGAUGGCGCUGGACGACAUCAUAAUGCAGGUGAUGGAGAUGAUCAACGCCAACGCCAAGACCAGGGGCCGCGUCAUCGACUUCAAGGAGAUCCAGUACGGCUACCGCCGGGUCAACCCCAUGUACGGGGCCGAGUACGUGCUGGACCUGCUGCUGCUCUACAAGAAGCACAAGGGGAAGACCAUGACCGUGCCCGUGAGGAGGCACGCCUACCUCCAGCAGACCUUCAGCAGGAUCCAGUUCCGGGAGGAGGAGGAGAUGGACGCGGCGGCGCUGGCCAGCAGGAUCAACCAGGACUCGGACUCGCUGUCCUUCCUGUCCAACUCCCUGAAGAUGCUGGUGCCCUUCAAGCUCGGGAGCUCGGGCUCUGACCCCAAGGAGCCCAAGGAGAAGAAGAUCAACAUCCUGGUCCCGCUCUCGGGACGCUACGAUAUAUUUGCGCGCUUCAUGGCAAAUUUCGAGAAGGUGUGCCUGGUGCCCAACCAGAACGUCAAGCUCCUGAUCCUGCUGUUCAGCACGGACAACAACACCGAGCGGGUGAAGCAGACGGAGCUGAUGAGGGAGUACCACAUGAAGUACCCCCGGGCCGAGAUGGAGAUCAGGCCCGUGUCGGGCCCCUUCUCCCGGGCCCUGGCCCUGGAAGUAGGCUCCUCCCACUUCUCCAACGACUCCUUGCUUUUCUACUGUGACGUCGAUUUGCUGUUUACAGCCGAUUUCUUGAAGAGGUGUAGGGGCAACACGGUACUGGGAGGGCAGACGUACUUCCCGAUCAUCUUCAGCCAGUACGACCCCAAGGUUGUCUACGCGGGGAAGGUUCCCAGCGACAACCACUAUGUGUUCACCUCCAAAACCGGGCUGUGGAGACACUAUGGCUACGGCAUAGUCUGUGUAUGUAAAGGCGACCUGGUUCGAGCCGGGGGCUUUGACGUCUCCAUCCAGGGCUGGGGCCUAGAGGACGUGGACCUUUUUAACAAAUUUGUCCAAUCAGGAAUUAGACAAUUCAGAAGCACAGACACUGGUAUAGUGCAUGUUCAUCACCCUGUGAUAUGUGACCCCAACCUUGACCCCAAACAGUAUAAAAUGUGCGUGGGGUCCAAGGCCUCGUCGCACGGGUCAACACAGCAGCUGGCUGAACUGUGGCUCGAAAAGAAUGACCACGGCUUCCGAAAACUCAGCAGUAGUAAUAACCAAUCAAUGAGGACAGCAUGAACAAAAUGGGGAUGGACCAAGCUGGCUGAAUAUCAAUAUUUUUAACUACCUAAUUUAUUUUCUACAUUCACACACUCGUGCAGACAACUCGGAUAUUUUGGAAAUACUUUUUAUAAGACACAAGCAUUCAUGGGACUUCAAAUUCAAAGUUUUAAAACAAUAAUGUUAAAAAAAAAGAACAUCAUUCUUUUGUGUGAACUUAAGAAUGGAAACGGUAAAGUUUAAGGAAGUAAAACUUUUGAAGUCUUUUUCACAGAGUUCUGACUGUUCUGUAUUAUUGUAGAGACUGGGGUAUGGUGGGUACUCUAGGUAAUGCUGUGGAACUUGAUGAAGUCCUAGAAAAUUCAGCUUCUCAUAAAAGGAAAAGCAUAGUAUCAUUCAUGUGAGCCUUGGAUUUUCACCAGUGGUAUUGGGGUAAAUGUAUUUUUACUUGUGAAUGUUUACAGAUGGGAGCAUAAAUUUGCAACAUCAGCAGGCAAGAUUGAUGUCUGAAGUGACAACGAUCUUAACUAUCAUCGUGGGCCAUAGAUUUACAUGAUUUGUCAUGUAUUUGUUUUUUUAAAUAUAUUUUUUUAUAAUGCAGAACAACACUGUUUUUGGUUUGUGUGAGUAUGUGUUUUUUUUUUGUUUGUUUUUUUUUUAAAACAUUUGGUAGAAAUUCAUCUCUCUACUUCUUCGAACAAAACCUGCUGCAUCUGAUAUCUGCAAUUCAUUUCAGCUGUCUAAUUUAUUGAAUAUAAUUUCACUUUUCUUUUUUUUCCUGUUAUCUGAUUUUUUAAGAAAUUGUUUAUUUAGAAGGAUUGUAUAACCAUCUCACAGUUGUGGAUAGUAUUUUCUUUUCAUUUCUUGGCAAAGUGUUUGGAUUACCAAAGAGUUUUUUUUUUUGCACAAUUGCGAGGUGUUUGUUGUGUCUGAGGACUUGCAGGCAGGACACAACAUGUACUGUAGAAAAGGCUCGGUGAGCCCUGUGAGAGCACAUGUGGGAAAGCUUAUAAAUACCUGGUGUUUCAGAGCUGCGAACAGUCCAGUCCUCAGCUUUUCUGACGACCCCCCCCACCCCCCCUUUGCGUUCGGACGCCUAGCUGCACGCCCUAGGGCGUGGAGUAAAUGGCCCUUUCACCAUCGCAAAAUCACUAAAAUUCCUGGAGAAGGUUUUUUAGCCGAGUUGUCAUUAUCCAACACUGGGACGGGACGGCUCUCCUGCAAUAGUCUUAUCUUCUUGACAUUUCUGUCCUGUCUUGGCCCUGGCCGACUGGGGAAAAAGGUUUUAUAUUUAAGAAAUAAAUGGAAAAUGUUUAUUAAA